UAGAGUUUCUCACUACAUUACCUAGAGGGAAAUCUGGCGCUGCUGCGCUGUGGUAUGCAUGGGAAUGCCGGUAUAUUGUGGAUUCGGAUUGGCAUCGUUCUCGUAGAGACAGGACACCUUGAAGACGCGCUUGGCAAGUACCGUUCCGUCUGUCACGAUGAUUCAUUUUCUACUAGAACAGCACGUGAAAAGCUGUUUUAGCUUUAUUAUUACCCGAAAACAUGUUUUGUUCAACUAUGAGAACUUCAUAUUGUGCGUACGACUACAUGUUACGUAAAAUGUAUCAGCGGGCCGCUAAAGUUGGAAGACAGACGACAAGGUUCGCGCUCGCUUCGAAACAGUUGCUCGUCUGUUCUUGCUUUUCUUCGCUUGGUCCUGCAUCGUGGGGCAAACCGGCGAACUACCGUCUCAGUGGCGAGGACAAGUUGAAGGCCCCGCCAGCCCCACCGGUCAUUGUCUGCGCACCUGGCCUCGAGUACCUGGCGUGCCUUGAUCAAAUCAUAAUACGACAGCUACUGCAAGUAGGCUUUUCUUGCGAAAGACGCAACAGGUACGUGGCGACAAACUCAAUGGGACAAAUUAUCUACAAUAUGGCUGAAUAUUCUGAGCGUUGUGCACGGUUUCAUUACGGGCAGGUGCGUAGCUUCGAGAUGGACGUCUUGGACUACAGGAACGCCGUCGUGAUGCAUUUCGUGCGGCCCCUGAGAUGCAUGAGGCCGUGCUGUGGUUGCCGCGGCCAAGAAAUGGAAGUUCAAGCACCUCCAGGAAACGUCAUCGCAAUGAUACGUCAUGAGUCCUCCAUGUGCGAUACGAAGUUCUCAGUUAACGACCGCAAUAGCAGAAGCGUGCUGGACAUAGUAGGACCAGCCUGCCAAACCGGUGUAGCUUGUGGUGGGAUAGUCGAGUUUAAGGUGCUCAGCACAAAUGGCGUCGUCAUAGGCAAGAUCACCAAGCUAUGGGGUGGGGCCCUCAAGGAGGUUUUCACGACCGCCGACAAUUACGCCGUCACAUUCCCAUUGGACUUGGAUGUGCACAUCAAGGGCGCUCUCAUCGCAGCCACCAUUCUCAUCGACUACAUGUUCUUCGAAGCAUGAAACGGGUAGAGCGACGACCGUCAGCCCGGAGUGUAUGCGUGAUUCGGCUGAAAUGGACCAGAAAACGCCCAUUUUUGUGUUCAAGGAGGUAAAAGCAAUCACUUCCGGACAUGGA